GAUUGCUAUGCCCCUACUCCGCCCAAGUCAGCAGCACACGUUCAUUACCCUACGACUGCUUAGCUGAAUCUACGCUAUUUAAUCCCUUCUUGGCCCUGGAACAGACUCACGACUUCAUUUCUACGAAUCAACCAUGAAGUUUAGCUCCUCGUUGAAGUUCAAUGCUGUAUCCGAGUGGUGGGACGAAUACAUUGCGUACGAGACACUAAAGAAGUACAUCUAUCAGCUCGAGAAGCAGCAGACUGAAUUGGAUCAUGCAUACCAUGACCUAGAGUCCAAUGAAACAUCAUUCUUGGUCGGCCGUCAAGCUACAGCAACUGACGCUGUUUUUAUCCCCUUGCUUGACAGGGAGCUCAAGAAAAUCGUGCUUUUCUAUGAGGCCCAAGAAAAGGAAUUGUUGGAGGAACUACAAGAGCUCGAGAACCUGGUCAUACAGCAAGAAGAAGUAGGAUACAACGACGGCAAUUAUUAUGUGGACGAGGGGUUAUACGAUGAUGAUGAUGACGAUGACAGUGAGCUGGGACCUAUCGCUGAUCCCACACAUCGACGACGCCGGUCGUCUAUUUCGAGACAUCGCCGGAGUUCUUCCGCAUUCACAGCUGGAAUUCCGGAGGAGUCUCCUACCCGACACAGAUAUAGUAUAUCUAGUGACGAAUAUGCCGGUCUUGAACAAAGCACCUCUUCCCUCCGGAAUGAGAUGAAGAGCAAACGUGCCUUGAGCAAGAUUACGAGUCAUCUUCCCUUUAUCGGUGGCACUGCGACGUCCGCACCGUCUGACACAAUAUGGACCGCCAAGACGAAUUUUGCGUACGACACGCGACUACUGUAUAAACGUCGGAUUACUACGUUGUACACCUCAUUUACGUCGUUGAGGUCUUACGUAGAGAUAAAUUAUGCGGGAUUUCGGAAGAUAUUGAAAAAAUACGACAAGGUCCUGUAUGGCGAUCUCAAAGACCGUUAUCUUCACGACGUCGUAGAAGUUGCACAACCUUUUACCCAAGAGUCUAAAGACGGACUCAAUGAUGCCAUCGCGCGCCUAGUGGAUAUGUACACGAAAUGUGUUACUCGUGGCGACAAAUACACUGCCAAGCAACAGCUGAGACUGCAUCAGCGGGAACAGAUCGCAUGGGAGCGAGAUACCGUUUGGCGGCAGAUGAUUGGUCGUGAACGGCGGGGCGAGGGCACAGGACCCAAAGCUAUCGGAGUGGACGGACUCAAAGAAGAUGAUGACCUAGUCGACGUCUCUACUCCAGUUGGUCGAUUGAAACUUUCUAAAAGGCUGCUAUGGGUUUCGGUGGCCUUGGCCGUCUUCAUUACCAUGUUGAAUGUCCAGAUCAUAAAGGGUGAAGCAGCCAACCGGUGUCUUGCCAUCCUUGUGUUCUGUACAAUAUUAUGGGCUACAGAGGCUAUUCCGUUAUUCGUCACGUCAAUGACAGUCCCCAUACUCGCGGUUUGUUUACGUGUCAUCAAAGACGACAAUGAUGAGCGCCUUUCGCCUCCCGCUGCGACCAAAUUUAUAUUUUCGGUCAUGUUCUCUCCGACAAUUAUGCUUCUCAUUGGUGGGUUCACGAUAUCGUCCGGGCUCAGCAAGACGAAUAUCGAUCGGAUCCUUAUUACACGCGUUUUGAGCCUGGCCGGAACUAAGCCGAGGACCGUUCUACUUGCAUUCAUGGGCGUGUCGUGCUUCGCCAGUAUGUGGAUAAGUAAUGUGGCAGCACCAACGUUAUGCUUCACGCUCAUUCGUCCCAUUUUACGAACAUUGCCAUCUAAAGCCUCCUUUGGACCGUGUCUAAUUUUGGGGAUUGCCCUGGCGGCUAACAUUGGUGGCCAAAGUUCGCCUAUAUCCUCACCCCAGAAUUUGAUUGCUUUGGAGAAGAUGGAUCCCCCUCUUGACUGGGCCAAAUGGUUUGCUGUCGCGCUACCCGUGUCUGCCAUUUCGAUCCUCCUAAUAUGGGGCCUUCUUUUGGCGUCAUACCGGCCCGCUGAGUCACCGGAUGGUGAUGGCGAAAUCGAGAUCAAGACGAUCAGACCCACAAAGGAGGCCUUCACUGCGAAACAGUACUGGGUGUCCUUCAUCUGUCUCUUCACCAUCGGGCUUUGGUGCGUGGCCCAUGAGAUCGAGCGCUAUGUGGGUGAUAUGGGUGUGAUUGCGCUCAUUCCGAUCAUUGCGUUCUUCUCAACGGGCGUGUUGAAGAAGGAUGACUUUGAACAAUUUGCUUGGACGAUCGUCUUCCUAGCAAUGGGCGGGAUUGCCCUCGGCAAAGCGGUAAUGUCGAGCGGUCUUCUUGAGGUGAUGGAUAUCGUAAUCCGUGACAUGGUUGAUGGGUUCAGUUUGUACACUGUUGUCAUGAUCCUUUCUCCUAUCGUGUUGGUUGUAUCCACUUUCAUCAGUCACACCAUCGCAAGUGUACUUCUGGUGCCUAUCGCUGCUGAAGUUGGCUCAAGCCUCGAGGGUAAUCCGAAGAAUCUUCUCAUCUUCAUCACAGGCCUCAUCUGUUCCGCUGGAAUGGGAAUGCCUGUUUCUGGCUUCCCGAAUCAGACGGCUGCGACACAGGAGAACGAGCUGGGUGAACUUUAUCUAACUAAUGUGGACUUCUUAAAGAACGGCGUGCCGGCGAGCAUUAUCGCCACCCUUGUUGUGACAACUGUUGGUUUUACACUGAUGAAGGUUAUUGGUAUUUGAUGUGAAAUGUAGAGAAUACAGUUAUUAAACUUCUGUCUGUUCCUCCGCUGCGCAGUCUGAGUUUUCACAAACGUGUUCUUAAGGGCCCCUCCUCUUUAGGGUAUUGAAGGCCGCUGUGCGGUUAGCGCUUGAUAUAUUUGCCCAGCAGUUACCAACGAUCUCUGCAGUUCUUUAUCUAAGCAUCUGACAAUAAUGCAGGGCUUCUACAAAUAUCAUAUAUGCCACGACCCCCUUUCAUUUUCUG